CAUAAUAUACGCCAAUUUAAUCAAAGGCACACGAUAGUUUUGAUCAGUAAAAGUUUCAAGGCAUGGUUCGACCGCUUCAGUCGAAUAAAUAGUACAACCAAUCACUAUGGCGACUUGUGGAUGUGAACCGUUCAGUGUGGCGACCAUCGACAUUCCGUUUGUGACUGGAGGAAAACCAAUAAGAGGCUUUUCGAUGGAUUGUGGCGGUUCACUUAUCAAAUUGACAUCUAUUAUCGAACAAAAUCAGGAUUCCUUAAAAGUCCGUUUUGAAUCAUACGAAGCUUGUCGGAAAGGGGAAGUGUUAGAUCAUAUAAAGUCGACCAUCCUGACUGACAGUUCCAGUAAUCUGAAAAUGAGUACAGUUGGCGUAACUAUAGGACAUGGGACGAUUGAGACACAUGCAGAGACCAUCAGCGACGUAUUAGGAAUAACGCCCAUCCAAGUGGACGAGUUUACCGCCUUUACGAAGGGUUUCCAUUAUGGCCAGAAAAAUCUCCCGCGAGAGACGUUUAUCAAGAAAAACAUGCAGCCAGAAACCGAGAAAAGGGGAAGAGAAUUCCCUGCCUUGCUCGCCAUGGUCGGCUCAGCAGUUGGUUAUAUACUGGUAAAUGAGGAUGGAAGUCAUAGUCAAGUUAACGGAACUAUGAUGGGCGGGUUAUACUGUUAUAGCGUUGGUAAGCUACUAACAGGCGCAAAGACAUAUGCCGAAUUUGCUGAAAUGGCCAGAAGAGGGGAUAGUAAAAAACUGACGGUGACAACGCGGGAUCUGUUCUCGGGUUCCUACGGAGACGUCGAUUGGGACAAAGUGCACAGCAAGAUACCGUUUCCACUCGAAGUCUUUCCAUUCGGAAAAAUCGUCAGGGAAGGUCUAGAUAUCGAGAGCCUAAAUAAGGACGAUAUAGCGAGAGCGUGGAUGCAUUCGGUCGUCGCCCAAAUUCUGGUGACGUCAGUGGCAACAGCACAAAAAUAUUGUGACGAAAAUAGGGUGGUGUACUAUGCGGGUUCCUUUGCAGAAAACGACGUAUUUCAGAGCUUCCAUGACAUUAUGCCUCAUCACGUAUAUUACGAUAACCGCACUGUCUACCCGUGCUUUCUCAACAACGCAGCGUAUCUUGGGAGUCUUGGUGGGUUAUUGGUCGGUCUCGAGAGUCUGUAAGUGGUGGUGGAACACAACCUUGUAAUCAGUGAACCACUUUCAAGACUUAUCGGAGCAAGUUUCGUAUGGAACAUUGUCAACUGUGGAAACUUCAAGCUCCAAGCCAAUAAAGCACAAUGGUGCCUCACCCAAGAAACUGUAUUUCAUUUGUAAUCUUAUACGCGUACAUGUACAUGUAUAUCAACAAUAUGUACUAUAUUCAUGUAUAGACUAAAACCAUAGCAUUAACGAAAUAAAAUGUUGGGUGUGAA